CGGAGACAACUGCCGACUAUGUCAACGCAAGGCUGGAACCAAGUAAAUAGUUAUAUAAACCAAAAACUACCGGGGGAAACAUUAACUUUACUUGAAAAUGGCUUAAUUGUCUUUGCGCUAUUUGGAACAAAGCUCCGGCUGGAUAUAUUUGCAAGGGAUAAAACAACUGCACAAUAUGAACUUCGGUCUCCGGUAAAGGAACCAAGCAAAAGAUCAACUUCUAUCUAGAACGUCUUGGGUAUUAUUUUCCGAAUCUUGUGUUCAUAUAGUAAGUAGUACGUUUAUCACUUGAUAUUAAUUUGUAGUAGACCUAUUAUUUUGGCGCUCGAGCUUCUUGUGCCUGUUGACGAGGUGAUAUAUGUGGAUACCUGAGAAGCAGCUCGCGAGCUACCUGACCUUAAUGCACGAAAACAAGACCAAGGCUAUGAAAUGUUUCUUCUAUGUGCAUUUGUCUAUUUCAUGUGCCUUUUUGACGGUUGAUUAGCCAAACGGAGUACUGAAGUUCAUAUCUUAGGCUAUUAUUAAACUGAAAAUCGGAUGAAAAUGUUAUAUAAUUUGUGUUUGAAAUUAUGACAUUGAACUUGAGUUGUUUCAGUUAUUGCUCGAGGAUGCGUUCAAAGACUGUUGUAAUUCAGCCGGUUGUGUAAGACAGCCCUCAGCCUCAGACCUAGCCAAUAUGUAUAUUAGUGGAGUGGACGUCCUGCACAAAACGCUAUGCCACGCUCCGUUUUAAAGGAGCCCAGUCCAGCGCUCUCGGCCUAAUGACUAAUGUCCCCCUGCUCCAGUGUGGCUCUGUGACCCAGUCACACGUCUAGGAUGAGCACGGAUCUAGAGCGCAUGUCGCUCAACUCCUCCUCGGCCAACUCUGUGGCCUCGAGUGCCCUCACGCUGUCAGCCAACGUCAAGAAGCUGCACAACGCGCUCAACCUGCUGCUUAACGACUUGGAGCGGGAGCAGUUCAUUCACUGCCUCAACGUGUACCACUCCAAGCGUAAUGUCUACGACCUGGUUCAAACCCUCAAAGUCAUUCUCAAUGCGCCCAGCAAACGCCAACUUCUGCCCAUGCUACGGCUGGUCAUUCCCCGCUCCGACCAGCUUCUGUUUGACCAGUACACCUCGGAGGGCCUUUACUUGAAAUCUGAUUUACUUGCCAGGAAUGGGAGCGCCGAAGCGGUGGGCGAAGGUUCCAGUGCGAGUCCAACUCCUCCCGGGCAUUUCUCGCCAACUCCCCCCGGAUCUCAGGUUGCGCUGCGCGGCUCUCCGGAUAGUUUCAGCACCUGCAGUGAUGGGACAGUUCCCCUCGUGCCGCUGCUUGGGAGAAGCUUCCUGCACGAGCCUCCAGGAGAGGUCCGACAGGUGACCCUGAAACGGCACAAGAGCAACGAGGGCUUGGGUUUCAGUAUCCGCGGCGGCUCAGAGCACGGGGUCGGGAUCUAUGUGUCUCUGGUGGAGCCAGAUCCCUGGCCGAAAAGAGGACUGAGGAUUGGGGAUCAGAUUAUGAAAGUCAACAGCACAGUUUUCGAUAAAGUCACGCACGCUGAAGCGGUGAAGGUGUCGCUCAACUAG